CACAGCAGGCGGUCGACCAUACGCACGCACGCUGCGUGUCGAAUAGGACUAGCAGAGGAGAAAUCGCCGUUUUAAAACUCGUACAAUGUGACACAUGUGAUUUGGAUGAACACGUAUUAAAAUCUCGAGGUCACACAAAUAUCAACCCUGGCACCGAUAAUGAAGAAGCCGGGAGCCGGCUCUAGCAAGAGCGGGCUGGGUUCCAUCGGCAAAAGUGGAUUUGGUAGUGGAAAGAGCGGAGUCACUUCAGGCAAGGGCAGUGUAAUGGGCUCUUCUAGCAAAACUGGGAGUUACACCGCCAAAAGUCUUACUUCUACUACUAAAAGCCCCAAAAGCCCCGCAAGUCCUAUAAGUAAGAGCAGCGGGACAUCAAUAUCGAAAAGCGCUAGCCCUAAAACAUCGAAAUCAUUCGAUUUCUCACCAAGUAAAUCAAAGCCCCUCAUCCCGUCAUCACCAAAAAGCUACCCGUCGUCUUCUUCGUAUAACGUAUACGGAACACCUAAAAGUGGAAAAUCGACGACCUUUGGCAUUAUAUGGAUUCCAACCGGCAAACGCAACAAAAAGAAGGACAUUGUGCUCAACUACAAUAAUGACGAUCGACGACGCGAGAGGUCGCCAUCUUUUUACAAAUUCAUGUCUGGUGAUUCUCAUGACACAACUCACAAGAAGACAGAUGAGACGGGCCCAUUAGUUGGUCCGGAUCACAAGUUACCCACAGCUGCAUUAGCUGCUACAGAAACGGCGGUGGCAGCGAAUAUUACAGCUUCCAACUUAGAUGAGAAACAGCAUCUAAUAAAUCAAGACAAUGAUGAAACUAAAGAGGCAGCCGGUGAUGCUAAGGGCAAUGAAGACACUGAUGACGAUAAAGACUAUUUAAGCAACGAGGAACCCAUUAGACAUAAAUUGCCAGACACCUCUGAACCGGACAGUGUGUACCUCCGGCCCCCACCUCCGCACAAAGCUCGCUCAACCACCUCUACGCCUGAAGAAGAUAGCUGUGGCAUUAAGUGUCUGUAUUAUACUCUGCAAUGCUGUGAUUGUGUUCUUAUGUAAGCUGCCAUGCAUUUUAGAGGUAGGUAUGUUUUUAAAGGCCUGGAGCCAAUAGGAAUGUCAGUGUUGCAAUUUUCAUUGAAUCUCUCAAGGAAAUGAUUAAUUUAUACAUAAAUAUAGCUGGAGCAAUCUAUGGCAUGAAUUGCAAGAUAUCAUUGUAAUAUGAUCAUGGUUCAGGAGCUGAUAAAUUAAUUCUAGAAAGUAGAAGUUGUUGAAGAGAUUUAUCUCUUUGGAUUUUAGUAUCUUUUUAAUUUUAUAUCAAAGAUUCACACACUCAAGACUGACAAUUUAAUAACUUGAAACUUUAAAAACAUGCUAUUCUGGUAUUUAUCGUUCAGUAUGCCAUAUUGGCGAUAUUGCAUAUUGCUACUGCAACUAUUUUUUCUGCAACAUGUGAUAGGGGCAGGGAGUUUUUCUCACUUUUGUAUAUUAUUUUAUCAAUUUAUCACGGCGCCCUAUUGAUUCCCAAAGUAAAAUGAUGCCGAAAAUUGUCUGCUAAAUGAUAAUUGAUCACAUUCCAAACAUGCAGUUAGUUUGUAUGAGCAUUUAUGCUUUUAUAAAAUGUAACCUUAAUGCCAUUUGAAAAGACAAGAAAGUAAAAAAAAAAGCUUACAAAUGAAGAAAUUUCGUGCUGAAAGUUUAUUCUUGUGAUUAAAUUUCCCAGUAGAUAAUGUUGUACAAUCUGUAAGGCUGCUUUAGGUUUUAGUUUAUAAAAUAAGCCUUUAUAAGCGAGAGGGAAUAUAUUUCCCACAUGAUUUUGAACUUUGUUUCAAUGUGACAGGGUUCAAUUUUGCAUAAUUUCUGACAACCUUAUGCCUUAUAUAGGGGUUGAGAAACAAUAUUCCUAAACAUUUGUGAUAAUGACAAAUCAGAUUUAUUUUUUAUAAAUUCAUGUUUUGACUUCGCAUGAGACCUUUAUAUUAUACUUAAGGUUAAGUAAACAUAAGAUGGAAUUACCUACGAACACCAUUGUAUGGUGCUAUUUUUGGGUCCUUAUGAGUAAUGGUGUAAAUCUAUUACUGUAUGAGGAGCUUUCAGAAUCAUUAGUUUACCAGACUGUAAACGCCUCUGAGCUUUAUAUCGUCUAUACAAUAAUUGUUAUGUUAGUUUAAAUGUGGACCAUUUGAUACAGAAGACUGCCGUAGGGCACAUUUACAUAAGGCUUAUAUUAGAAGCACAGUCAGUAUUACUUACUGCGGCGUUGCGAUAUCGUUACUUGUUUGCAGGGAGGUCAGUUAUCUAUGCAGCUUACUGUUAGUUUGACGUUGACUGACAGUGGCUUACCGUGAGCAAAGAUUCAUUGAUUGUAUUAGAUGUGUAAUGUCAUGUCUAAGAAAAAAUCGUACUCAUGAGGCCUAGGUAAUAUAAUACAAGCUAAUACUCUCAAUGUUUUUACAUACAAAAUCACUAAUAGUAUAUUAUCUUGUAUUUAAUUCUCAUUCGUUGUCUUUACUACUAAUAUAAUACCAAUGGUCUUUACUGUGAGCCACAAACUGAGCCUGAUGUGAAUGUGCGUUAGAUUAGAAGUCUUCAUUUGUACAAAAAAAGAUGAAUAUAUAUGUUUUGAGUAUAUAUGUACACACUUUUGUACUGCCAGUAAAUAAACUGUUUACCUGAUGAUGUGUAAAAGAUAUUUUAGUAUAAAUAAAUAAAAAUAUGCG